CUUCUUUUUUUUGGUUGGCUAAAAGGGUUAACCCAAUUGAAUUUUGCCUUUCUGGGCUCUACACUGAUACUCAUUUCUAAGGAACAAUCAGGAUUCUAAUGAUAAUGACCUCUAAAUUUGUUUCACAUAGGUCAUUACAGAGGGCACUUGACAGAAAACUUUAUCUUCUUCUUUAUGGAAAAGCAUAUGGCUCUCCUAGUGACAAGCCUGUCUGGCAUUUCCCUGAAAAAGUUUAUGAAUCUGAAGAAACAUUGCGGAAGUGUGCAGAAUCUGCAUUACAGUCUGUCUUAGGUGAACUUUCUCACACAUAUUUUGUUGGCAAUGCUCCUAUGGGUCAUAUGGUCAUACAGCCAGCAGAUGAUGCACAAGAGUCUGGCUACAAGCGAUUCUUUUUCAAGUCCCAGGUGACUGCAACGAACAAAUUUGAAAUUGGAAAGUGUGAAGACUUUGUUUGGGUGACGAAGGAUGAACUACUGGGUUAUUUUCCUGAGCAAACUGAGUAUCUCAACAAGAUGAUCAUCAGCUGAUUUGGAAGACAGUGAGGUCCAAAUGCACUUUGUUUCAGAACCCGGAUGGAUUGCUUAUGAUUCUGUUUUGCAUUCAACACUUGCCAUUCACUUAGCAGAAGGAAUUUUGAUAUCCCUCAGGAAUGGUCACUUGAUUUUUAGCAUAGGCUGCUCAAUUCCCGUGAAUUCCCGUCCAGUGUUCCAAAUUUUGGUGUUUUUCUGGGAUUUUAAAUGCCAUCUAUUCUAAAUAAAUUAUCAAUAUCCAUGUGCCCAUUACUUUUAUAUGAUGAUGAUGAUGCCCUGCUCUUCUGCAAUAAGAUUUCUCCGCGUCAUCUAUACAUGGUAGUUCACUUUCAACGAGUAAUUAUCUCUUUGUGGAGAACACCUUCAUAAA